UCCUUCACUCUGCGGUUAGCUGGGAUACUUGCUGCUUCAGAAACCCGCUUCCAACACUUGCAGCAAGAGAAGGCUUCGUUACAGUGUUGAUACUCUUGACUUGGAUGGCAGAGCAGCCUCUCCACUCCCCUUGAGCCGUUUUGCUUACCAUUUACUCUGUGUGUUCCCCUCUGGCCUCAGCAGGAGCAGCUGUUGCUCAGGCUCUUUGGCAGGGAUGGGCCUCUGAACAGCGCACUGUGGGAAGAUGCCUCUGUGCGAAGUGGCUGGGUGGCAGGUGUGCACAGCAUGGUGCACCACCAGCCUGCCCUCCGCUUCCUCUGCAAUGGUGGUGAGUACUUCUGGGAUGGGUAACUCCCCAAACUCUCUGUGUUUCUUCCAUUCCACUCUGUUGCUCAGAGAGACAGGAGUUUUCAUUUAUUUAAGAUAAAAAUAUGCCAUUUGUCAAAACCACUGAAGUAAUUGAAAGAUGGUGGGGCUUUUGUUAAAUCAGUUAUGCUUUUUUUAUUAUUAUUUUUCCUCAAACACUGAAGAUGGUGUCCUUUUUAGAGGGGGAAGAGGCACAUCUUCUGAAACACAUGACAAAAACAGCUUAGUAAAAGCCUUCUGUAUUCUUAUUUGUAACUCUUACUAAAAGAUACAUUUCAGUAUUAUUUUAGUGCAGAAAAACUAACCAGGGGGUUAUUUAUCUCUUCAUACUUGCACACAUUUGCAGUCCCAUUGUUGUUAACAUGGGUAUGUAAAUUUUGCUGUUAACACCAACUUUAGAUCCCAGGUACAGGGGGGCCUAAAAGACUGGAUUAGUAUUAAUGUGCAGCAUGCACUGCUCUCCAUGUGAUGGAAAAGUAGUACUGUUGCUGCUGUACAUGUUUUUCCUACUGCUUGUGUCCAGGAUGGUACAGGCUCCUUCCAUAAAUACACAAUGAGUGUGCUGUCAACUCUCCUAAUAUUACCAAUGUUAUACUGAAGUCCUCUUCUGUUCCUGAGUUAUUAAAACUCCUGAGGAUCUGAAAACAAUUUUACUGUCAUCUUUUGCUUGCUUUUUGUUUGUUUGUUGUUAAGGAUGGGCUGACUUUGAAAUACCAUAAAGACUACAAAAUAAAGUAUAAAAAACCCCACCACCACCAUUGAAAGCUGUGUGGUACUUGAAUUAGAAUAAUAUAUAGUUGGAAUGCAGCAGGGCUCCACCUCACAAUAUGAAGGCUGUUGCUUUUUCCUCCAGUGACUGGUUUUGUUUUCACACAGGAGGCAUAGAUGUGAUCUUCACUCUGCAAGGGGAUCCCAGCCUGUUUGUGGCUUCAGCUGCCAGCCAGCUUCUGGUGCACGUGCUCACCUUCUCUGUAGAGUCUGAAACAACUAAACCUCUCAGUACAACAGACUGUGACUGGCCAGCGUGUGCCCAAAUGAUUAUAAAGCAUAUAGAAGAUUCCCUUCAGUCCAGCUCUGCCUCUCACAUCGAGCAGUCAUUAAAACUGUUAACUGGUUUGUUUGACAGUUGUCGUGCUAUGUGGACUAAAGUACUUUGGUUACGCAUAGCAAAACAAAUCAAAUCCUUUUUGACGGAAGAGACUGUUCAAGCGCAGCACAUGCUGGCAAAUCUUUUGCUUAAAAUGGCAUGGUCGCCUGUGUUUUCUGACACUGAGGGCAGUUUUUGGGCAUUAGUGACUUCUGCUCUGGAACACUUAACCCCAGUACAAGCAGGUCCUUUGGCAGUGGGAGUUCUGAGGCUCUACAAAUGCCCACAAGAUGUAAGGAUGCAGGCACUGACUGUUCUACUUCAGCCAAUGGACUGUAUUUUGAGAGCAGCCUCCCAGCCUCUGGAAUAUGCAGGUUUGCUGGAUGAGUCUGUUAGUGAUCCCGCUACUGUUGAAAGUCUUCUGUCCUCCAAGUCAUCUUGUGCUAGUCUUCUGUGUCAGACCCUCGCUCAUCUGGAGCAGCUGCUGUCUCUGAUUCAUUUGCAUGUGGAUUUACCCUAUGCAUCUUUGCUACGCUCUCUCAUGGCAAUAUUACAGUUCUGUAAUGGCUUCCUGAGUCCAGCUGCUCCUCUGGGAAGCACGAUAAGCCGAAUCUUGAUCAAUUGCCUCAGAGUACAGAAGUCAGCUCUUGAUGUCCUAGCAGCACUCUCGGAGCGAAAAGGCUGUGAUGCACUCAUUGGAAGUCUAUUUGAUGUCCUUCUGGCAUACCUGGAGAGUCCGAACACCAGCCCUACUGUUCUAAAGAAAGCAUUUCAAGCUACAUCCAAGUGGUUGGUGCGCUUGCAGGGACUGUCCUGCUCCAACAGUCAGCGGCAACAAACUGAGAAGAUUUUGGAAGAUGUGUUUCUGGUGCUGCAGAAGCGUUUGUGCAGUCCUUCCUGGGAAGUAAGAGAUUCUUCUCUGGAGUUCCUCACUGUCCUGAUUAAAUACUUGAGAGACCAGGAUGAGUUCAGGCAGUCUCUCCUGUCUUCGGAGGUGCCAAGGCUUACAGAAAAUCUUCUUGAAGAUCCAGAAAGCUACGUGCGAGCGAGCGCUGUGACUGCUGUGGGACACUUGGCCUUCAUUACUUACUUUGCUCCAGAGUCACCUGUCGUAGGGAGUCAGUAUAAUAAAGAGAACACUGUAGCAAAGCUUCAAGAAAUCUUGUCGACAGACUCGGAGGGCUUUCCUAGGAGGGCUGUGAUCAACAUCUUCACCAAGUGGCUGAGACAAGGCUGCACAGGUCAGCUGGAAGAUACAGAGCAGUUUGUCUCUAGAGUGAUCCAAAUUGUGGAGCAUGACUUAGACUGGGAAGUCAGACUUGGUGGUUUGGAACUGGUUGAAGUUUUCUGUAGUAAGACAAUUUGCCAGCUUGGCCAUCCUACAUGCCCAUAUGCUCCUGUCUUAUCUACAGUCACUAGUUCCAUUCAUCAGAAUGAGUCGCUGCAGAUAUUUUGCCGAGCAAAACUGUUCGGCUUUUUGUUUCGGUCUUUGUGUGACUGUGACAAACCACUAGGUCAGAGAGCUUGUGAUAUACUGCUUUGCUUAAAAAGUAAUUUCUAUCCAUUUGGUACCGUGGAGGAUUCACAAGGGAUUGAAGAUUCACCUCCAGGACCCAGCAUUGCCUGGUUACAAAGGACACUAAGGCAGGGUUCUCUGGCCCAGAACUUCCCCACAGAGGGUGGUAAUGGGGUGGAUUUUCAAGAUCCAGAGAGCAUGAUGCUAGCUUUGGGUACAGUAGGCUUAGAAGACUUACAUGAUGAGUUAAAUAGAUGUAGUGACCACGUGGAGAAAAGCCCUCAGUCCCUCUUACGGGACAUCCUUGCUACUGUGAGGACUGUAGAGGAGAAUGAAGCUGACUGUUACUGAAGACAUCUUUUGCUCUGAGGGAGCAGUACUUAAGCAGUUUUCUUCUGGAGGAGAAUUUUUUGCUACCAGUCAUGAAGCCUUUCUUGAGCGAGGAUAAAAAGAAGUGUUAUGCUGAACAGAGAAAAGGAUGGUUUUGUUAGCUGUUAAUGGGUUAGAAAAUCUUUGCUAUAAUAUUGAUGAUUUUUUUUUGUUAAAAAGCAUAUUCUCCAAUAAACUGUGUUUUUUCAAA